AUGAACCAAGUUGGAAAAGUUGCCUACGAGUUAGCCUUGCCACCACAAUAUCAGCACGUGCAUAAUGUGUUUCAUGUCUCAUUACUCGAGAAGUAUAACCCGGACGCCAAUCAUGUGAUGGAAAGUGAACCAGUGGAGAUUCAAGCUGAUUUGUCAUAUGAAGAACAUCCCGUACAAAUACUAGACCAGCAAGAAAAGAAGCUUAGGAAGAAAUCAGUAAGCUUGGUAACGGUGUUGUGGAGGAAUCCAAAGGUAGAAGAAGCCACUUGGGAGUUAGAGUCUGAUAUGCGGAAUCGAUAUCCUCAAUUAUUCUCAUAG